AUGUGCUGUUUCAUCUCACCCCUUCGCUCCUAUUCACAGCAGGUUGACGAGCAUGCAGUGGUGGUGUCACAACAAGAGCAGAAAGGCUUCAACGAACUCAUUUGGCAACUCAUCUACGCACGGAACAUCACCUCGGAGUUGGAGCGUGUGAGGGCAAUCUUCAUCUGGCUUUGUACGAAGGAUCUGAACAAGAUGAAAUUCAAGCAUGUCAAGCCUGACUCAUCCGAGCAGAUCCUAAUGGACAUUCGCAAGAACAAGUCAUCCUAUGCAAAGGCCUUUCUCACACUCUGUCGGUAA